AUGGACGGCAGGGCGCGCAGCGCGGAGGCGCAAGAUUAUGCCGCAAGCUUGGAAUACACGCUCAAGGAGCUGCAGCGCAAGGUCAAGGAGCACGAGACGACGCUCAACAAGCUACGCUCCAAGCACGAUGACACGGCUCUGCUCUCGCCCCACGCGCAGGCCAGCGUGCUCAAGUCGGCACUUGAGGAGGUGACCAACUCCGAGCCCUUCCUCCCCUCCCCGGGGUCGGUCCUCCCCGCCCUGGUGGCGCUGCGGAAGACGCACCGGACCAUUGUAGAGUCCAAGGCCUACCUCGCCGCGCAGGGCUCCGAGACGGACCGCGUGCGCAAGCAGCUGGAGACGAACCGGGCGGGCUUGCGGGACCAGCAGCUCCUGACGGGGGCGCUCGAGGCGCGCAUCCAGACGCUGCGGCACGAGAUCGACUCGGGAGCUGCUGGGCGGCCCGAGGAUGGCGCCAAGAAGAGGAUGGCGGAGCUCGAGGCCAAGAAGAGGCGCUACGACGCGGGGACCAAGAAACUCAUGAAGUCGCUGCUGGGUUUCAUCGACAACCGCCUCGCGGCCAUGCUAGCGGCCGAAGAGCUCGGCGGGCCCGUCGUGGGCGAUCUCAUGGACAUUGACUCGGACGACCUCGCCGCGGGGUUCAAUGCCGCGGGCAAGCUCAAGCGCGUCAAGGAGGGUGCCAAGGCAAACGAGGACAAGCGGCAGCGUCGCAUCGACGACAUUUGGGGCGCAGGGGGAGGUGAUGGAGACGGCACGACAGCAGCGGGUGGCGAGGACGAGGUCACGGCGGCGGGGAGGGAGAUGCGGGCGCUCACCGAGGAGCUGCUCAACGCGCUGGCCGAGGCCAAGGGCGACAACUCGGCGUCGUACGUGCAGCUCGGGCGCGAGUCGGCAGCGGCGCGGUUCCUGGUGCGGUCGCGGGUGGCGCAGUUCCAUCCCAAGGACGCAACGAAGCUGCGGCUCGUCGAUUUCGGCCGCGAGCUGGAGGAUUGA